UUGUUUCUCACUGAGGAAAGAGACACACACAGAAACAGACAACAGGAUACAAAGCCCACAACUUCCACUGAGAGUCAAGAAGUAAGGAAUACUGGGAAUACUGGAAUUAUACUUUCACCGAAGAGGAGAGCUUUUGAAGAGCGACGACUCAAAGUGAAAAGCCAAAACUGAUUUCCUGUUUGAGUAUCUGUCUGUGUUUUCAGCAUCGCCCAGAAAUGGCUGCUCUGGUUUCUCAAGCUGAGAUGGAUUUCUUUUGUCCAGUCUGUCAAGACAUCUUUAAAAAUCCUGUUGUGCUGUCGUGCAGCCACAGCUUCUGUAAAGACUGUCUGCAGAGCUGGUGGGAAGUGAACCCGAUUCAGCAGUGUCCAGUUUGUAAAAGAAGAUCGUCAAAGAGUGACCCACCGUGUAACUUGGCAUUAAAGAACCUGUGUGAAGCUUUCCAACAGAAACUUUCUCUAGAAGAGGAAGCUCCUGCAGAGUCUGAGGAUCUCUGCAGUCUGCACUCAGAGAAGUUAAAGCUCUUCUGUCUGGACCAUCAGAAGCCGGUGUGUCUGGUGUGUCGAGAUUCAAUAACGCACAACAACCACAGAUUCAAGCCAAUUGAUGAAGCUGCACCGGAUUACAGGAGGAGGCUCAAGAAAUACCCGAUGCUCUUAGAAGAGAAACUGUAUCUCUUUAAUCAAGUUACAUUAAACUGGGAAAAUACAGCAAGAGAAAUUAAGGUCCAGGCUCAUCACACAGAGAGGCUGAUUAAAGAGCAGUUUGAGAAGCUUCACUAUUUUCUACAUGAAGAAGAGGAGGCCAGGAUCACUGCUCUGAGGGAGGAAGAGGAGCAGAAGAGUCGAAUGAUGAAGCAGAAGAUGGAUGAUCUGAACAGAGAGAUAGCAGAUAUUAGUGACACACUCGGAGCCACAGAGGAGGAGCUGGAAACUGGAAAUGUCUCAUUCCUGCAGAACUACAAGGCUGCAGUGGAAAGAGUCCAGCAGCACCUCCUGCAGGAUGAUCCACAGCUGGGCCCAGGAGCUCUGAUCGACGUGGCCAAACACCUGGGCAACCUGACCUUCAACAUCUGGAGCAAGAUGGAGGAGAUGGUUACAUAUUUUCCUGUGAUCCUGGACCCCAACACUGCAGAACCACACCUUAGUCUGUCAGAAGAUCUGACCACUGUAAUAAAUGGAGUUACAGAGCAAACUCUUCCAAAAAACCCAGAGAGGUUUGAAGACUACAAUGCAAUACUGGGAUCUGAGGGCUUUAACUUGGGGACUCACAGCUGGGAUGUGGAGGUUACAGAUAAUGUAGAUUGGGCAGUUGGUGUGAUAGCAGAGUCUGUACCAAGGAAAGCAGUAAUACAGACUGGAUACUGGAAUAUAUGGUUCCGCGAUGGUAAAUACAGAGCAUACUCUCCAGCAGUUGGAGAUAAAGUUCUCUCUGUAAAGAAGCCGCUGCAGAGGAUCAGAGUGUCUCUGGACUGCAAGAGAAAAAAAAUUACAUUCUCUGAUUCGGAUACCAAAACAAACCUGCACACCUUCUCACACACUUUCACUGAGAAGCUGUUUCCCUUCAUCAAAACUGAAGAUACAGCGCCACUGAGGAUAUCACCAGUCAAAGUCACUGCACUGUUAGAGAUGUAGAAGAUUAUGCUAACAAAGUUAAUGAGGAUUAUCAGGAUGAUGAUGUGUUUUAAUUAACUACUUUAUUUUAAUCUAAUUUAACAGAUAUGUGUGUGUUUAUUUGUGUGAUUAGAACAAACAACAUAUUUGUGCAGGAAGUCAGUCGACUGGCUGGUUUUGAAUGUACAUAAAACAUUAAAACUAUGUAUGGCAUGUUUUGGGAGAACUCAUUCAAAGAUUGUUUAUCAAACUUACACCCAGAGGCAGGUGAGUUGCCGUGCAAGUCUUUCUCCAACGUAACUCAAAGGAAUGGAAGCACAUUCACAUCACCUCUUGUGCCCACUACGUGGGGCAGACACACUCUCAUCUUGCAGGAUGUUGCUGUAGAUAAAGUGUAGACCACAAUGUAGAUUUCAUAUAAUACAAAUUAUGUUUGAAUGAUGACAUAAUAUUGACUUCCUGUUGCCAGUUGUUGUUGCUAUGCCUGUGACUCAGUAUUGGCAUGUAGAUAUGGACUCUAUCUAGACCAUCAAGCAUGUGAAAUUUGGGGCAGAUUUAAUAAUAAAGUUGAAUCAACAGCUUCCUGCUUUGUGAAACAUGAGAGAUUAUCCAUUUUGUUAAAACUUUACAUUGUGAAAGUCUUUAGACUUUGCAGUGGAUCCAUAAACUGUAUAAAGGGUGGAUCCCUUUAAUCGCCCAAGAGGACUUUGUUCAGCAGAACGCCUAUAAAAUGCACUUUACAUGAACUCUGUCUGACUUCCUUUUGGUAUAGGGCACUAAUGAAGCUGUGGAAUCUCUGUACAUCUGACCUGGUUAACAACGUAGACUGCUAAAUAACCGAGAAUCAUGAAGUCUUUAACAGAGUGAUUAGUUCAGACGAGGGGAUAUUUAAAGUGUCUCUGAUUUAAACCAACAGUGUCUGCAGUAAGUUGUCACGAUCCUGUCCUGAGCUGGUCUGGGUUAUAUUAUUUUGGCCAUGCAUUCUCUGUGUUUUGAUUUUGGUUUCUCUGUGUCUGGGUUCCGUAUGUUCGUUAGGUGUCAUUUAUGUUCUUUACCAGUUUCAUUAAUUAAUCUGAUUUUCUUCAUUCUGCUUUAGUCUCUUUGUAGCCUUUAUUAUUUCAUUCCCCUGCAUCGUUAAGUUACUUCAUAUCUGUCUUGUCUCGUAUCUUAGUUCCUAGUUUGUGUCUUUAGUUCUUAGUCCUGUACCUUAGUUCAUGUCUUUAGUGUUUACUCCUGGUCUGUGUACUUCUGUGUUUUGCCCAUGUCUGCUCUGAGUUUUGUUUUAUCUUUGCUUCUGUCUGUGUUCCUUGUUGGUGUUUAUUUGUGAUCUGUUUGCUUGUGUCUGUUCCCCCAGUAAUUCCUCUGCUUGCUUGUCCAAUAAAUACUUUGAGUUCCAGUUAAUGUAUGGUCUUCUGUUUUGCAUCUGUGAGUGUCUCUCUGUUCCCCCCUGCUGUCUCUCUGCCUGCCUCAUUAGCCCUGAUCCCGGUCACCUGUGUUGCUCCCGCCCUGCCCGUUAGUCCCUGUGUUUAAAUGUUUGGUGUUUCUGUUCAUUCCCCCUCUGGUCAUUGUCGCAUGUUGCCUGUAUGCUCUGUUGUAAGUUGUGUGUUCCAGCAGUCACUGUGCCACCUAGGUCUGCAUUUUUGGAUGUACCAGUUCCCCUGUACUUGUGAGUUUGGUUCAUGCCUGUUUUUGUCUUGCCCUGGAUUAAACACCCCUGAACUGUAACUCAGCGAUAAGUGUCGUGCAUUUGGGCUCACUCCUGCUUCACGCACCCACCGACGGUGACACUCCUCUUGUUUCUGCUCACUAUGCUUGCACUGAACUACCUGCGAGUGAGAUUGUUUGCUCCUCCCACAUUGGUUUUGCAUGCUUGUUGCUGAUAUGGAGCUAAUCUGCCCCAGCCAGCAAGAGUAAGUGUCUAGCUGUUCUCAGAAAAGAGAAUUGCAAAAGUACAGAGUUUCUUCUCCUGCCUAGAAAACGUUUGUUUUCUGCAAUGGUGGUCAGACACUCUGCCUCUUAGCUGAGAUUUCUUUGUAAUGAACACACUCAAGAAUGACAUUUUGUUGGUGGAAGUUUCUAUUUUAAUAUUUUAAGAAAAUUCCACAACAUUUGGAUUGAUGUGUUUGGACUUCUUUAACCUUGGGUUACUGCUUGAACCAUUCUUGGAUUUAGUUGUUUGGACUGCCUGCCUCACCUGUGAUGUAAGUUGUUCUCAUGGUUAUUAAAGAAUAAAAACUGAAUUUGCGUUUGAGUCUA